AACAUGACUUACACAAGAUCCCUUGAUAAUGCAACCUUUAUUCACCCUGCCACAUUUUACAUCAGUGGAUUUUACAAUGUUCCAUAUGCAAAGUAUUACUAUAUAUUUCUGUGUUUUGUGUAUGUUUUGACGGUUUUAGGCAAUUCUUUUGUAAUGGGUGUUAUAUUCCUGGCACGCGUACUACACACAGCAAAGUACAUAGCAGUCUUCAACUUGGCCUUCUCUGAUCUGUGUGGAAGCUCAGCUGUCAUUCCAAAGUAUGUGGAAAUGUUUUUGUUUGACAAACAGUACAUUUCUUAUGAGGACUGUCUGGCAAACAUGUUUUUUGUUUUUUUCUUUAUGACUCUACAGUCUCUUACUCUGCUUGCUCUGGCUUAUGACAGACUGGUUGCCAUAUGUUUCCCUCUGAGGUAUCAUGCUGUUGUAACCAAAACAGCAAUGGCUGUGAUCAUUGGUGUUAUAUGGGUUUUUGCAUUGAUUGUCUUUGCUCUGCUUGUGGGUUUUAUUACCAGACUGUCCUUCUGUAGAUCUACUACAGUUGACAGCUAUUUCUGUGAUCAUGGCCCAGUCUAUAGACUAGCGUGUAGUGACGUUAGUAUGAAUUACAUAUUGGCACAUGUAGGUGUUACAUCAAUACUAUAUAUUCCAUUGAUUUUGAUCCUUGUCUCAUAUGUUUGUAUUGGUUUUGCAUUACUAAGGAUCUCGCGUGGUGCUGACAGAAUCAAAGCUAUGAAAACCUGCACCUCCCAUCUCAUAUUAGUGGCCAUGUUUUACCUGCCAAUUGUUAGCGUUUACAUUUCUGCUCUUGUAACAUCCAUCCCUCCAAAUACUAGAAUAAUUAACUCCGUAUUAACACAAACUAUUCCACCUAUGCUGAAUCCCAUUAUAUAUACUCUAAAGACAAAUGAGAUAUUGCAGUCCUUUAAAGUUCUUUACAGACGAGCCAAGCUGAUCUUUGCAAAAGAAGGGUCUGUGAUUAGCAUUGUAAAGAAUUAA